UACCCACAACUCGACUUCUUAUCGAUCGGGUUUGCCGCCGGCCUCGGAGACUCGCCCGAAAUUUUCGACCUGCCACAAACGGCUGAUCCUUCCACUUCCACUGGGACUCACUCGUACAGAGUCUGCAUAGCCAGGACCAGGGAACCUCAACAGCCACAGUCAUAGGUACGACUCACACGCACGCGAUCUGGGAGUCACAGGGCCCUAUCGCUUAGCUCCACUCAAGGGAAGAUCGAAGCCAGCAAGGGACACACCACCAAGGCCCAAAGGAAGACAGACACUCAUCUCGGUAUUCGGCAUGUCGUCUAUCAGCCAGUUGAAAGGCCCUCAGAGGCUGUCUUGGACGCGCCGCAUGGCCAUGCCCAACAAGUCUCAGCUUCGGCUGAGAACCCGCGGCUUGCCCUCGAGAGCACCGUCGUCCAGUAACAAUCCAUCGUCACUGUCCCAAGGAACCCAAACUUCCUCUUCCCGCCGGUCACUUCUGAACCUUGGGGUAGAUACGGGUCGUUCCCCAUCUGGCCGUCGGCCCUGCAGCGCGCUAAAUCCCGACUUGCACCGCUGCCCACCACCCCUCAUUCUCGCUGCUCCCGCUUACACCCAACCUGCGCGCUUGACUUCGGUGCCCGUCCCGACAUUUUCAUCUUCUUCCCAUCAUCCCAAAAACUUCGCGUUUGGACACCUGCGAGGACAAGCUGCAUCUUUGGUCUCUUGGCAAUCCCCCCGUCCGUUUAUUGCAAGGACCCCGGGUUCCUACGAUACGAUUUCCCCAAAUAGGUCCUUUGCAACCUCAGCCAUGGUCGCCAACAAAAUCGAUGGCACUGCCGUCGCCAAGAAGAUUCGGGAGUCCAUUGCCAGCGACAUUCUCGAGAAGCAAAAGGCGAACCCCAGGUUCCAGCCUCGGCUUACCAUUAUCCAGGGUAUGUCUCCUCACUUUCGGAAUUCGUCAUACGUUCGCAGUGCUAACAAUAAUCUUCCACAGUCGGUGACAGAUCGGACUCAAGUAUGUCGCGCUUCACCAUUUACCCCACCAUGAAAUUUAUCGCGAUGCUCACAACCCCGCAGGCACC